AGCUAAGCCCGCUAAGCAUCCGAAAACACCGAAGUACCGCUGCCGGUGCGGUGUUGCUUGUGGCUGCCUGUUUACAUUCGAGCAUGACGCGGGAGCUAUGAGUUCCACAGCUGCGUCGACGUUAAAAUUUUCAAUCUAUGUGAACCAUUCAUUGAGCACAAGUGCGGGAUAUCACGCGUUCAACGUCUAAUCAAGCAUGAGCUCUGCGAUGAGAGAGCCGGUGAAUAUUGAAUUCUCGGAGUCUACAGAGCAGAGUUCCAUUUGUUGCCGAUGAAGCAUCUUGGAUGAUCGAGUGACAGUUGUUUGAACGGUGGCAACCUCGUCAAAAGGAAAUCAACCAGGCGGACCUACCGGCAUCUUUAGUGAUUGAAGAUGACCUUCACUCCCUCACUGAUACCCCAGCUUCCAAUCGACACUGUGAUAAUUUAAGUAGUACUGUUCAAGAGUCAGUGAAGGCAGCAGUAGGAAAUGAAGAUAGUACAAUGCCCAGUACAGUUUCCUUCACCUACACCAGCACAGAGCCAAAGUCCAGUGAUGGCUUGGAACUUGAGAGCUUCUCUUUUGACGGAAGCAUAAGCAAUGACCCUAUGGCAAAUGACAUGGCUAAGUGCUCACGCCGAGCUCCACAAGCUGCUGAGCCAUCUUAUCCUUUUCCUGUAUUUCCCAAUGUUCCUGACUUGCAGACGGACAUAUCUCGAGCAAUAGUUGCUAGUCAGUCAAAUAGAUGCAGGUCAAGUACGAAUCCACAAAAUUUAAGUCUAGGUGUAUACCAGGAUGAUAGGAAGCACUGUGUUCGGCACUCUCAGCUUGCAUCUGACGAUUUUAAUGACUAUUACAUAAAAAUGCUGAGUGCUCAAAAGAAGCAGCCUCUGCAUUUGCGAGAGCCACCUCUCUGUAAUUCCUGCUCACAGUCAAUGAUUCAAUAUGUCUCUGCCAUCCAGACACUUAUCCAGCAACUCAGUGUAGACAUUAUUGUGAAGGGAAAAGACCCUCCAGACUGCAGCUGGUGUGCACGGGAGAAGCUUGCAUCCUUUCAAAACACUUGGGCCCCAAAUUCAUUUGGAAGUGGCACUACAGGGGUGGCCGAUAGACUGGACCACAAGAAUGCUACGCAUCCUUCUUCGGGCUUGCAAAAUGAACAGGCACAUGUUGCUUCACCAGGAGCUCAAGCAUGGCAGGGGCCUGGAUCCUCUUGCCCAAUACCUGUACCAGAGCCCAAUUCAACUCCAGUAUCAAACAAGGGGCAUAUUGAAUUCUUGCAUUCAGCCCAAGGUGUGCAGAACUUUCCAGACAGUGGAGUGUUCCCAAGUGAAGGCACUGUUCCAUUUCAUUGUCAGCCUCUGAAUUUGCCUGCUGGCCAGGUACCAGACAUGGCUGCACCCAUUAGCAGUCUUGCUGUAAAGCCACCGAGUGAUGCCUUUCUUCCAACUGGUGUGAAGCAGCAGGACCUGCCUAAACAAGAUGAGUUGAGCCUUCGUGCUCCUGAACUCUCGGAAAUGCAACAAGUAAUUUCUCCAAAAAUGAGCUUGCUACCUGCAGCUUCGGAAUACAAUGGAGGGGUCGUUCAGCCUUCUAAAAGUGAUGAGGUCAUAUUAAAUCCUCAUUACACUGAAAGUGGAGACCUCCAGAACUCAGUCAAGCAGCCAUCAGAGCUCCAGCUUCAUAACCUUGGGUCAAACUUCCAAGAAAAUCUGGCAAGCAAUGGGUUAUCUCUUGCAGAACACGGUGGGGCUAGACGAAAGCAGUCUCUCAGUUCAGAUUGGAUGACUGAUCUGAUUCAGCCACUUAUCCCAGAACCAGCAGUGCCAAGCGUACAAGAUCAAGCUUAUGUUACCAUGGCAAACAGCGACCUCAGUGCUAUGCUAUGCCUUGUUCUGGGAAAUUCGCUGUGGCUCUCCAGAACCUCUCGGUUUCUUGUCGUCUUGGUGACUGAUGGCGUGUCUCAUGCAUUCAGGCGCCUGCUGUCAUGUGUCUUCAAUGUGGUGCUCUCAGUCCGUUCUCUUGGGACGCAAGGUACUACUAAACUUGCCCUUUUGGAACAGCCAGACAUUGGUGUCUCGUACACCAAGCUCCACGCCUGGCGGCUGACACAGUUCUCGAAGUGCAUUUUCUUGGAUGCCGGCAUGCUGGUUGUUCAAAACUGCGAUGAACUGUUUGAACGUGAUGAGCUGUCGGCGGUACCUGAUAUUGGCUGGCCAGACUGCUUCAAUAGUGGGCUGUUAGUGUAUGUGCCAUCUAUGCAAACUUUCUGGGACCUCAUCAGCUUUGCUGAACGCCAAGGCAGCUUUGAUGGAGGUGAUCAAGGCUUGUUAAAUACUUAUUUUCGUAAUUGGUCUUCUGACAUAAACCGCAGAUUGCCAUUUAUCUACAAUCUGAUGGCAAAUGUCUGCUACACCUACAAGCCUGCAUUUAAGCAGUUUGGCCAUAAUGUCAAAGUGGUGCAGUUUCUUGGUGGAUACAAGCCAUGGAAUGUUAAAUUCCAUCCUCCCACGGGCACUUUGUCACCAGCUGCCAAUGUGCACCCAACGUAUGUCCAGUUUGUUCAGUUCUGGUUGCAGAUAUUUGUCAAGAGGGUCCUUCCACUCUUUUCAUCGACCAUACAGACAAAGGUCAACGAGCAGCGCUACACGUGUGCUCUGGACAUCCUGCAGCACUUCCCAUCAUUCCUGGUGGCUGAGCCGAUGGUGUACCUUCCAGCACCAUCGCUUCGUACGCAUCCCAAGCCCAUCAUCUACCUCCCACCGGGGCCACGCAUUGCUCCCGAAACGCCAACUCCCGACACAUCUUCUCCAGACACAACAGCUGCAGGCACAGAGUCUGGAGUUUCUGAAGUAGCAGCGGUGCCAGAAGAUGGUGUUGAAUGCAAUACAAAUAGUGCUUCCAUUUCAGUUGCACACAGCGAGCACACAGUACCCAAAGAGAAGGACCUGCCAAAGCAUUUUCCUGUAGCAGUGGAUGACAACUGCAACUUCCUGCCUGAAGCCAGUGUGGAGUCCACAGCUGUUGACGACUUGUCGGGAAUGCUGGCAUGGGAGCAAGGGCGGGCAGACUACAUGGGCGAGCACUGCUCAGAUAACAUCAUGGCAAAAUUGGAUGAACUCAUUGGCCCUGACGUCCAGGCCAAGUAAAAUGUUUAAAAUACAGGCUGUUUGCAGGCUACAUUUGGUUGCUGUACUUCAAAUGAUCAUUCAACGCUUGCAGUCAUAUUUACCUUUUAGCGAGUUGAUCUUUCUACCUACGGCUUACAUAGUUUACCCUUAAAAGUGCAAAUGUGUAAACGGAAAGCAUUCGAGCCCACUUCUGUCUGCAAUCACUGUAGUACAGUCAGACUUCGGGAUAUAAAGAAAUUAUAUCACAAAGUGAAAUUCCCCUAUGAAAUCCCCAUACAGAUUUAAAGUGCAGUACAUGCAGUAAUGGAUAUAACAAAGUAAUUCGGGCUCCCCCAUCAAUUUCCUUAUAACGAGGUUUCACUUAACUUACACUCGAACUUCGUUAUAAUAGAUAUAAUGUAGUAAAUUAAAUUUACCUUGAAAUCCCCAUAGCAAUCCAUGUACUUAAAACCUCGUUUUAAAGAAGUGAAACUGCCCUGCCAAUGGAUAUGACGAACUAGAUUCGACUUCGAAACAAAAAAAUACGCGACCGUUGCGGGCCGAGUACGUCACUUUCUGCAGAAUUCGGUACUCAUUUGCCGCGGCAGUUCAAAACUCCCGCGUCGAAUACGUCAUCAUGCAACACUGGCCUUUCGCGCCGCUACGCUUAGCUGCGCCCAAGCAGCAGCU